AUGAACCGGAAUUGCAGACUCUCCGUCGACCACGGAGCAAUCAAACUCCACCGGCAACGUCGUCGACCGCCGGAGGGACUCUUAGAGACAAUCAGAAGCGGCGGCGGCGGAGACACCAGCUUCGCCGUCGUCCUCGUCUACAGCGUACAUCCCAUCCGACGAAGGUUCCCAUCUUCAGCAUUAGUAGAAUCUCCGGCGAGAUUCGCCGAUGGUGGCGGGGCGACUGCACAUCAGGCGAUAAACACUUCAAUCGUGGUGGUCGGACGUGAACGAGGCGACGACACGUUCAGUUCAAGCCAUGGCGUGGCGGGGCGAUGA